ACAGGGAAGAUGUGGGUCGCGGAGGGGCCGGCCCCAGCCCGGUGGAGCCUGCGGGACGGUGGCCAUGCCGGACACUUCCUGGCCACGGCCGACCACUUCCGCGCUGCGGGACAGCUGGUGGACGUGGCCGUGGGCCCGGAGGGCGACGUGGCCCAUGCCGUGGUCCUGGCCUCCAUCAGCUCCUUCUUCCUCCGCUUCCUGGAGGGCAGGACCAGGGAGCUGCGCCAGGGCCCCCUGCCCCGUGUCCCCCUGCCCGCCGGGGCCACGCUGUGGGGCUGGCGGGCUGUGCUGGCCUUUGCCUACGGGGGGACUGUGCCCCAUGGCCGGGAGAAGGAGGUGGAGGAGGCCGCCCAGGCCCUGGGGGCUCCCCGGGUGGUGGCCGCCUGCGCCCCACGGCUGGAGCGUGACCCCCAGGACAGGGGUCCCGAGCCACUGGAGGAGCAGUGGGAGACACUAAGAGCCAUGGAGCACCUGCACGCCAGCGGCUUGGGCUGUGACCUCCAGCUCCGGGCAGGGGACGAGGUCAUCCCAGUUCAGCGCCUGGCCCUGAGCUGCUCCUGUGACUUCUUCCGCGGCCUCUUCACUUGCCCCAUGCGGGAGGCCACCCACGACCCCGCCGCCCCGCUGGCCACCGGGCUGUCCCCGGCCGAGCUGCGCCUCCUCCUCUCCUUCGCCUACACAGGGGCGGUGGCGGGGCCGUGGCCCGUGGUCCUGGAGGCGGCCGAGACCUCCCUGCGCUACCAGGCCUGGGGGCUCCUCACCCUCUGCCUGGAUGUUUUCACCCGUGGGCUGACCCCUGAAACUGGCCUGGACGUGCUGGCCUUCGCUGUGGCUUACGGUCUGUCCCAGGUGGGCCGCGUAGCAGAGGACUACAUCUUGGCCACCUUCCCCAGCGUGGUGGCCACGCCGGCCUUCCUGGAUCUUCCUGCACAACUUCUCAUCCGCCUCCUCCGCUCUGACGGCCUCAAUGUCCUCCACGAACUGGAGGCUUUGGAAGCAGCAUCGCGGUGGCUUAUGGCCAACGGAGGUGGCCAAGAGGAUCUAGCCAAGGAGGUCCUGUCAUCUGUGCGCUUCGCCCUCAUGUCCGGCCGGGAGCUGAAGAAGGUCCCCUCCGUGACCGCAGGGGUAGCUGACCCAAAGGUCCUCCGCGAGCUCAUGGUAGCAAGUUUGGCCCCCAUGGCCCAGCUGCCGUGCCGGGUGCGUUCCUUGCAAGAGGUGCUGGUGGUCUGUGGUGGAGACAUGCUGACAACCAACCUGGCUGCCCGAAAGCCCAGCAGACACCUCUGGUUUGCCCACCGCUACCUCAGUGCUGUGGGGCUGGUGAAGCAGGUGGAGUGGCGGGCACUGGGACACUUUCCUGAUGGCCCACGCUUCCGCCAUGCCGUAGCUGUGGUGGGCAAUGCCCUCUACGUUCUGGGUGGAAAGCACUACUACGGGGUCCGUGACACCUUGGCCAGCGUCUACAGGUAUCAGCCCAUGGACGGCUCCUGGGAGCGCCUGGCCAGCAUGACCUGUGGGAGGUGCUACUUUGCCGCUGGGGCACUUGGGGGUUUCAUCUACGCCUUGGGGGGCAGCUCGGGGGAGCUCUACUGCACAGACACGGUGGAGCGCUAUGACCUGGCCAACGACACCUGGAGGAGGUGCCAGCCCCUGCCAAUGGCUCUGUGUGGGCACGCGGCAUGUGCCCUGGAUGGUGCCCUCUACGUGUCGGGGGGCUGUGAUGAGGCGUGCCAGUGCCAGGCAUCCUUGCUGCGCUACAUCCCCGGUGCACCCGCUACUCUCCUGGCCCCCAUGAAUGGCCAGCGAGCUGGUCACAUUAUGGAGGAGGCGGGUGGGCAGCUCUACGUGGCUGGGGGGCUGUGCCAGCAGGACGGGCAGACUGGCUACAGCGACCAGCUGGCUUUUGAGGUCUACAGCCCCAAGCUGAACAUCUGGGUCCUCCUCAGCCCCCUGCCUCAUGCUCAUGUAGUGGGGGGUGCAGCUGUGCUAGGGGGGGAACUGCUCGUACUGGGAGGGUACAGUCAUGAGACCUACCAGGACACCCACCUGAUCCACGCCUACCAGCCGGGCACUCGGCGCUGGAUCACCCGGGGCACCUUACCCCAUGCUUAUACUGACCUCAAAGCCUGUGUCCUCACUGUACCCCCUGCCUUGCGUGGCCCUAGCUGCCUUGAGGACCCUUUGACAUCACCUGAAACCCCCAAUAAUACUUAGGGGGGCUUAAAAGCUCCGCACCCCAUACUGGGAUCCCCAGGUAGCAUCCAUGGGCACCUCUAUCAGACAAAAUCACCCCCAGAUCCCUCUCCCAGAAUGGGUUCCUCCUGUGGUUUCAGGCAGCGUGCCCACCCCAAGGGUAAAUGCCCUAGACUGUAGGGACCCUGUGGGACACAAAGACCCCCCACACCGCAAUCCUAUGCCUCCAGGAAUACUUAUUCACCUCCCCUGAGCCCUUACUGGGAGCUGGGGAUCCCCCAGUUCCUCUCCACACACACUUCGGCUGAA